AGGAGUAUAAAUAUACUUGAACUUUCCAAAUUUGUUUAUAACUAUACCAAUCAAUACGAAUAGUCAACAAUCAAUAGUGUCAACAUUUUAAACCAAUAUUUGUUUUUCAAAGAGUUCAAUAUGUUUGCUCCGUUAGUACUGUUACUUAUUUUAGGCUCCAUGAAUGCCAAAGAACUGAGAAACGAAUUGAUGUCGUCAGAGUUCUCCAGAAUGCAAACUUUAUACAUUCAUCUGCAAACAGAACUUGAACACUUCAAGACUGACCUUCAAGCUCUGCAGAGGCGUGUCUCCGACUUUCAGGACCAGGUGUCCCACCUGUACUCUCUCUGUGUUCCGAGAGCAACUAAAGGAUGUCGCGAGCAAGGCGGAGAUUGUUUGGCUGGAUCCAACUCGUGUGUCAUGCAAACCAGCGCUAAGGAUUGCGGUGAAGGCGAAACAUGCUGCAUAUUAAUCCGUUAAAAGCUCAUCUAUUCAACACUUUGUUUUAUUGCAUAAAGCAUAUUCAUGAAAAUUUUCAUCAUGUAAACUUUGUGAUUUCGAAAAAACUUAGGUGAUUUGGAGUCAUCCAUAAACCUAAAAAUCGCGUUGAAUGAAGCUGCUCACAUAAUUAUCAUCGAACAUCAAUUUGGUAAGUUCGUUUGAUUUAUAAUUAUAAAUACAAAAGUAAGUCUGUCGGUCUAAAUCCUUGUCACGAUUGAAGCAUCACUGAUUUUGACAGCCACAAUCCAUUUUUUGUAAUAUUUUUGUAUUUAUUAUACAGAGUGCUCGUCAGCAUUUCUUAUAAGAUGUUGACAAGUCUACUUAUAGGA